AAAUUUAAAAUCACGCUUUCUUUGGAUGUGAGAUAACGUUUGUUGUUAGCUGUCGUGUUUCAAGACUCCGAUAAUAUUUUUCUAAAUUGAAUUGCUUUGGACCACGUAUCAUGUAGCAAUAAUUUUUUUUAUCCUUCAAAAAUAUGGCUGAAUUGAUAACCUCAGCAAAGCGGGGAUUUCAGAACAUCAGUCCGGCGAGGAGAGAGGACCCUAACAAGGAAAAUGAGAUUCCGGUUCUGAGUCUCAUUCAGUUUUCAAAGCCACCUUUUGUUACUUUUGGCACUGUUAAGGUGGGCACAUCGAAAUCGGCUAUUUUACAAAUUGUUAACCCGAUUGACUAUGCCGAAGCGGAGGUUGUCGUGGAAAAGAUCCCCUCCAGUAAAGGCUUUUCUGUGGACCAUGACACGUUCACGAUCCAGCCUGAGAGCUCAUUCAGUUUGACAAUAAGUUGGACUCCAGCAGAGGAAGGUGGGGUCAGGGAGCUCCUCACAUUCAAUGCCAAUGGGGUCCUUAAACACCAGGCUGUCUUACUGGGAAGAGCAGAGGCCCCCAAAAAGAAAAAGAAGAGCUUAUGGGAUUCAAUCAAAAAUAAGGGGAUGGAAAAACCCCAAACGUCUAUGAGAAUGACAUGUCCUGGGAAGAUGGCGCCAAACAAAACCUUCCAAGUAUCCCGGCAGCCUCAGUAUAAGCGGGAAAAGCCCCGCAGCCCACUGGCUUCGCUCUCUGAGACACAAACUGUUAAAGAGAGAAUCCUUAUCAAGGACAGACCCUUUCACCAUCGCUGCUUAAAUUCAGCCGAGCAGAAGGCAUCAAAACCGGCCCAUGGAGAUGUUGUCCUGUCAGAUCAGAAGAACUCCCCUGUUGUCCUGCUUGUCCCGUCUGCAAAGCUCGUCCACUCUGGCAGCCUGUCUACUAACGCUAAUAGCAUGGCGGAAAAUCCUAAAAACAAGGAACUCUCUAAGGUGUUUAACAGGACUCUGUCUCCGAUCGGUACACCUGAGGUGCUGAAAAAGCUGAUGCCUCGCAUCGAUUCGGGAAGCCCACAGAGUUCUGCUCAUGUUGGUGGUGUGGCACCUGAACCCAAUCUUCCAUCUCUAAACGACGCCCUGGCUCUGAUAGGCUCUGAUCUCUCACAUAUUGACAGCAGUCCAAGAAAUACCAGUUCUAGCUGUGAGUUUUCUGAUUCUUUGGAGUCUAAGAGUGGGAAUGGUGCCUGCGGUGCUGAAGCGAUGUUGGCUAGCCCGGAGCUGCCCCAAUCUCAUGAGCCAAGGCUCACGUUUUUCGUCAGCAAAAAAGUGGUUUUAAACGAGGAGAAAGUAACAGAAAAGGCAAAGAUUUCAUUCACAUCUGCCACUGUGACUAAAACCAAAGCAUCUGUGGAGGUCAGCAGUCCAGGGGGGAGGAAAAUAAAGAAGUCUCGUCGCCGACUUCUGGAGAAAACGCUUGAACUCUCUGAUGGCGGCAGCCAGAGUGACUCGGGUCCGGGAACUCCGAGCCUGCCAGUCAUAGAUACAGAGACAAAAACUACACCGAGUGAUGCUAAACAUCAAAUCCCAGAGUUCACUUUCUCCAGCCCCAAUUCAAGGCUUCACAUCUCCCCUUUAACCAAAACCUUUCCGACAUCCACCCUACCAGACACCGCGCCUUCUCCCAUUUCGUUCUCGGCCACCUCAUCGCCUCUUGCGAUCCCCGCUCCAACAACACCCACCAUCACCUCAUGGAGCUCAUCGCCACUUCUGUCCAGUGUGUCCACAGCCGUUUCUGUUCAGGAAGAUUUGUUUCCUGUUCAGCUGGCACUGAAAGGCAAGAAGAGGAAGAGUGAGGAGUACUUGAAAACUCAUUCAAAGACCGAAGACUCUGGGAAGGAGCAGGUAAAGAGGAACAGGGUUGGGAAGGUUGAUCCCCCACCUUCAGUACGCAGCAAAAGAGACACAUCUCAGCAGCAGAGAGUUGUCACAAGCUCAGCCCAAACUGUGACGACUAAAUCUCUGAGGAUGGGAAGGUCUACUGCUGUUGCCCAGGCUAAACGUCCAAGCUCCAGAGUCAGCUCACAAAGCUCUCUAAAAGCAUCAGGUUCACAUUCUGUGAGGAUCUCAAAAGUAGCUGCUGUUGCUCAGGCAAAGCUAACCUUCAUCAAACCUGUACAAACUGCUUUACCAAGGCACCCAAUGCCGUUCGCUGCCAAAAACAUGUUCUAUGAUGAAAGGUGGAUAGACAAGCAGGAGAAAGGGUUCACCUGUUGGCUGAACUACGUCCUCACCCCCGAUGACUUCAAGGUCAUCACUGAAGUACCUGAAGCAAGCGCCGUCUCACUCGCCUUCGGCAGCGAGGAUAAAUUCCGUGUGCCGAAAGCCCCCACCAAGGAGGAGAUGUCUUUUAGCACCUACACAGCCAAGCGGAAGCUCAACCGCCUCCGUCGCUCUGCCUGCCAGCUCUUCACUUCUGAUUCCAUGGUCAAAGCCAUUCAGAGGCUGGAGCUGGAGGUGGAGGCCCGGCGGCUAUUAAUCCGCAAAGACCGCCACCUCUGGAAAGACAUAGGUGAGCGUAAAAAGGUCCUGAACUGGCUGCUGUCAUACAAUCCUCUGUGGUUAAGGAUCGGGCUGGAGACUAUUUUUGGGGAGAUGAUUGCUCUUGAAAGCAACAGCGACAUCUUGGGCCUGGCUACGUUCAUCCUCCAGCGGCUGCUCUGGAACCCAGACAUUGCUGCAGAGUUCAGACACGCCCGGGUGCCUCACCUAUACAAAGAUGGCCAUGAGGAGGCGCUGUCCCGCUUCACACUGAAGAAGCUGCUCCUGCUUGUGUGUUUCUUAGACAAAGCCAAGGAAUCUCGUCUGAUCGAACACGAUCCCUGUCUGUUCUGCAUCGAUGCAGAAUUUAAGGCGAGUAAAGACCUGCUGCUGGCCUUCUCAAGAGACUUCCUUAGCGGAGAGGGGAUUCUUCCUCGGCACCUCGCCUACCUCGGGCUACCCGUGUCCCACGUGCAGACGCCCCUUAACGAGUUCAACUUUGCUGUGAAAAAUUUGGCAGUUGACUUGAAAUGCGGCGUCCGUUUAGUACGUGUGAUGGAGCUGCUUGCUCAGGACUGGCGUUUGUCCGCAAAGCUCCGCCUGCCUGCCAUCAGCCGCCUUCAGAAAGUGCACAAUGUGGACAUAGCUUUGCAAGUGCUCAAAGGCAAAGGGAUUGACCUCAAGGAUGAAAGUGGGUCCAUCAUUGACUCAAGAGACAUUGUGGAUGGGCACAGAGAAAAAACCCUGAGUCUCCUGUGGAAAAUCAUCUUUGUGUUUCAAGUGGAGGUUAUCCUAGAUGAGGAUCAGCUCAAGGAGGAGAUCGAAUUCCUGAAGAAAACUCUGAGGACCAAGCGGAGACUGGCCCUUUUGAGGGCCGACAAGGGCUGCCAGCCGAGUCCAGUGAAGGCCAGGGUGCCGUACAAACAUACGAGCAGAAAGAUUACUCUGCUGAUGGACUGGGUCUGCGCCGUGUGUGAGUUCUACCACCUAAAGGUGGAGAACUUCACUGUGUCAUUCUCUGAUGGCCGCAUCCUCUGCUUCCUGCUUCACCACUACCACCCCGGUGUCCUACCGGAAGCAUCCAUCAGCCACAGCACCACACAGACCGUGGAGUGUUCUCCGAGGGGCCGGCUGGAGCUGAACAGCUCAGUUAGCGACUCAGACGGCUCCUUUGAUUUUGGACCAGCAGACCUGCAGGGACAGGAUUCUGCAUCUCUGAAGUUUAAAGAGCUUCUGGAAAAUGAAAAGAACAACUUUAAACUCGUCAACUCGGCAGUGGCUUUCCUGGGUGGCGUACCAGCCAUGAUCAACCCCGCUGACAUGUCCAACACCAUCCCCAGCGAGAAGGUUGUGAUCUCAUACCUGUCGUUUCUCUGCGCUCGCCUCUUGGACCUUCGGACUGAGACCAGAGCAGCGCGGCUCAUACAGGCUGCAUGGAGGAAACACAAACUGAAGAAAGAUCUGCUGCUCUAUGAGGCGAGAAACAAGGCAGCCCUGAAAAUCCAGGUUGUGGUGAGACGUUUCCUGAUGAAACAUAGAGUUAAGCGCCAGAAUGAAGCUGCCAUCGUCAUUCAGUCAGCCUGGAGAAGACACUUGGCUCAGAACUGGCUGAGAAAGCAAAAGGAGGCUCAGCUUUGGGAUUUGCAGCAUAAAGCAGCAUCUGUCAUCCAGGCUCACUGGAGGGCAGUUUCCACCUUGAGGGCUUAUCAGCGCCUCCGGUAUUACACCAUCGUAGUUCAAGCCCAAUGGCGAAUGAAAAGAGCAGCUACCACUUAUGCAAAGAUCUGCUGGGCGACUGUAGUCCUUCAGAAGUACGCUCGAACUUGGUUCCUCUUAAAAAAAGAUCGAGAGCAAUAUCUCCUCAUUCGGGAAGCUACAGUGAAGCUUCAGAGAUCGUACAGAAGGUGGAAAGAUCGUAAAACCCAGAAGGAAAACCAUGCAGCCGAAGUGAUCCAAGCUGCUUUUAGAAGAUGGUACAAAGAUAAAAUGGCUCAACGAACUGCUGCUGCUGUAAAGAUUCAGUCUUGGUACAGAAUGCAGUUGUGGUCCCAUCGGUACAAGAGGAUCAGGAGAAGCACUGUGCUUCUCCAAGCUCAUCUCAGAGGAAAGGCACAGAGGCAGGACUUUAAGAUGUUAAAGCUGCAGCACCGCUCUGCUACGGUCAUCCAGACUGCCUUCAGGGGACAUGUUGACAGAAAACUGUUUGUGAAUAUGAGAUCCGCAGCAGUGAUGAUCCAGCAGAGGUUUCGGGCCUCUGUGAUAAGAGACUUGGAAAGGGAAAAGUUUGUAAGGAUGAAACGAGCAGCUAUUUCCAUACAGGCAGCCUACCGUGGAAAAGUGGCUCGAGAACUGCUGAAAAAGAAGCACAAGGCAGCAACACAGAUCCAAGCGGCGUAUAGGAAAUAUGCUGCCCAGAAGAAGUAUCUUCUCUUGAGAGAAACUGCAGCUGUGAUACAACAGAAAUACAGAGCUAAAGUAUUAGCCUGCAAGGCACAGAAGGAAUAUAAAGCUAUGAAGAAUGCCACAAUCCUUAUCCAAGCUACCUGGAGAGGCAGAGCUGAAAGGAACCGGAUAAAAACAUUACAUUACUGUGCAACUCUGAUACAAGCUCACUAUCGUCGACAUAAAGGGCAAAUGCGGUAUAGAUCUGUAAGGGCAGCAGCUGUGGUCAUACAACAUCAUUUUAAGGCUUUUUUGGUGAGAAACAAGAUGAGGAAUGAAUAUCUACAGAAGAAAACGGCGUGCAUUGCACUCCAAGCUGCAUUCAGAGGCACGAGAGUUAGGGCAGAGCAAAGGAAAAAGCACCAGGCUGCAAUAGUCAUUCAGUCUGUGGUUAAAAUGUUCUUAUGCAGGAAACGAUACAUUCUUCUGCAACAUGCAGUCAUUUUAAUCCAGUGCAGAUACAGAGCUGUCCUCCUCUGUAGAGCCCAGCAGGCUGAGUUCAGGAAGCUGAAACGGGCCAGUUUAACAAUACAAGCUGCCUUUAGGGGGUUCAUUGUGAAGAAGGAUCUAAAGAAGAGGCAUACAGCCGCAAAAGCAAUCCAAGCUCAGUUUAGGAUGCACAGAGUUCGAGUGGCAUACCUGGCCAUGAAAUGCGCCGCCGUUAUUCUUCAGGAUCGCUACAGGGCUAAAAUGCUCAAAGAUAUGCAGACGAAGCAGUUCCAAACAAUGAGACGUGCAGCUGUGGUCAUUCAGUCAGCAUACCGAGGGUACAGUGUCAGAAAGAAAAUUGCGGAGUGUCAUCAAGCGGCUAGGAUUAUUCAGAGAAAGUUUUUGGCCACUAAGGACAGAAAGCAGUUCCUAGCUAUCAAGGCAGCCACUCUGAUAUGUCAGCAGAGGUACAGAGCAGCAAUCCUGGCAAGACAACUCCAUCUGGACUACCAGUCAAAGCGCAGGGCAGCUGUUCAUCUGCAGGCCGCCUACAGAGGGUACGCUGUAAGAAAGCAGCUGUAUAUUAGGCAUAUGGCAGCUGUGACUAUUCAAUCACACUUUAGAAAAUACCAGCAGAGAAGUCGCUUCAAAAGUCUAAUCUGGGCUUGUAAAAUAUUACAAGAACGUUUUAGAGCGAAUAAAAUAAUGAGAGCAGAGGUGCAACAACUGAAAGCUAAAAAGAGAGCCACUGUUGUCCUACAGGCUGCCUUCCGAGGGAUGAAAACAAGGCAGACACUAAAAAAAAGACAUCAGUCUGUCAGAGUCAUCCAAAGAGCUUUUAGGUCCUACCGUCAACGUAAGCGCUACCUGUCCUUAAAAGCAUACGCCAUUAAAGUCCAGCACAGAUAUCGGGCAAAUGUUGCAGCUAAGCAGCAAAGAAAGCAAUACCAACAAAUAAGGAUGGCUGCAACCAUUCUUCAAGCAGCAUUCAGAGGGAGGCGAGUUAGAGAAGAGAUUGCACAUCAGCAUCAGGCUGCAACCUUGAUCCAGACUGCAUUCAGAAAGCACAGAGAGCAAGUUAAAUUUCAGGCAAUGCGGCUCUCUGCCAUCCUCAUCCAGAAACACUAUCGAGCUCUUCUUGUCCAGAGAAGAGACAGAGAAAGCUACCUGAGAACAAGACGGUCUGCUAUAGUCCUGCAGGCAGCAUUCAGAGGACAUAAGGCAAGGAAGGAAGUUUCCCACUGGCAUCAGGCUGCAACUGUGAUCCAAUCUGCGUUCAGACAGCACAGAGAACGAGUCAAAUUUCAGGCAAUGCGGCUCUCUGCCAUCAUCAUCCAGAGACGCUACAGGGCUGUUCUUCUCCAAAGGAAGCACAGGGAGAACUUCCUUAAAAUGAGACAUUCUGCUGUAGUUGUUCAGGCAGCAUUCAGAGGAGCUCAUGUGAGAAAAAAGAUUGCAGAGAUGCACAGGGCUGCUGCUAUUAUUCAGGCAACCUUCAGAGGGCACAAACAGAACAUGGCCUUCAAGAGGCAACGCUGGGCAGCUUGCGUCCUGCAACAGAGGUUUAGAGCCCACAGGCAGAAACAAUUGGACAUUAAACAUUUCCAACAAGUUAGACGAGCUGCCAUCCUUCUUCAGGCUGCCUAUCGCGGCACAAAAUCCAGACGACUUAUCAACCAAUGGCAUCGGGCUGCCGCUGUUAUUCAAAAAGCUUACAGGGCCCACCGUGAACGUAAGGCGUACCUUGCACUGAAAUCCUCUGUCCUGCUCAUCCAGAGAAAAUACCGUGCCACAAUGGCGGCAAAGAUGCAAACCCAGAGAUACCAAGCCAUUCGCUCUGCCGCUGUCCUCCUCCAGGCAGUCUACAGAGGACAUCAAGCAAGAAAAGAAAUUGCUUGUUUAAAUGGAGCUGCCACUGUGAUCCAGACCGCAUUCAGAAGGCACAGAGAGAGAGUCAAAUUUCAGGCAAUGCGGCUCUCUGCCAUCAUCAUCCAGAAACGCUAUCGGGCUCUUCUUCUCCAGAGGAGAGACAGAGAAAGCUACCUGAGAAGGAGACAAUCUGCUAUUUUCCUGCAAGCAGCAUUCAGAGGACAUAAGGCAAGGAAGGAAGUUUCCCACUGGCAUCAGGCUGCAACUGUGAUCCAAUCUGUGUUUAGACAGCAUAGAGAACAAAUCAAAUUUCAGGCAAUGCGGCUCUCUGCCAUCAUCAUCCAGAGACGCUACAGGGCUGUUCUUCUCCAAAGGAAGCACAGGGAGAACUUCCUUAAAAUGAGACAUUCUGCUGUAGUUGUUCAGGCAGCAUUCAGAGGAGCUCAUGUGAGAAAAAAGAUUGCAGAGAUGCACAGGGCUGCUGCUAUUCUUCAGGCAACCUUCAGAGGGCACAAACAGAACAUGGCCUUCAAGAGGCAACGUUGGGCAGCUUGCGUCCUGCAGCAGAGGUUUAGAGCCCACAGGCAGAAACAAUUGGACAUUAAACAUUUCCAACAAGUUAGACGAGCUGCCAUCCUUCUGCAGGCUGCCUAUCGCGGCACGAAAUCCAGGCGACUUAUCAACCAAUGGCAUCAGGCUGCCGCUGUUAUUCAAAAAGCUUACAGGGCCCACCGUGAACGCAAGGCAUAUCUUGCAAUGAAAUCCUCUGUCCUGCUCAUUCAGAGAAAAUACCGUGCCACAAUGGCAGCAAAGAUGCAAACCCAGAGAUACCAAGCCAUUCGCUCUGCCGCUGUCCUCCUCCAGGCAGCCUACAGAGGACAUCAGGCAAGAAAAGAAAUUGCUUGUUUAAAUCGAGCUGCCACUGUGAUCCAGACUGCAUUCAGAAGGCACAGAGAGAGAGUCAAAUUUCAGGCAAUACGGCUCUCUGCCAUCAUCAUCCAGAAAUGCUAUCGGGCUCUUCUUCUCCAGAGGAGAGACAGAGAAAGCUACCUGAGAAGGAGACAAUCUGCUAUUGUCCUGCAGGCAGCAUUCCGAGGAUAUAAGGCAAGGAAGAACAUUUCUCACUGGCAUCAGGCUGCAACUGUGAUCCAAUCUGCGUUCAGACAGCACAGAGAACGAAUCAAAUUUCAGGCAAUGCGGCUCUCUGCCAUCAUCAUCCAGAGACGCUACAGGGCUGUUCUUCUCCAAAGGCAGCACAGGGAGAACUUCCUUAAAAUGAGACAAGCUACUAUCACUCUUCAGACUGUGUUUAGAGGUCACCGUGUCCGGGCUGAGAUGGCAAAGAUGCACAAGGCAGCUACUGUCAUCCAGUGCAGCUACAGAAGGCAUAAACAACAGCUGGACUUUCAGAGAAUUUGCUGGGCAGCAUGCGUCCUUCAGCAGAGGUUUAGAGCCCAACGGCAGAAACGACUUGAUGUCAAACAUUUCCAACAGGUCAGAAGAACUGUGGUCCUUCUACAGGCUGCUUAUCGAGGCAUGAAAUGUAGACAAGUUUUAAGGCGGAGGCAGGAGGCUGCAAGACUGAUCCAAAGACUCUACCGGGCCCACUGCGAACGCAAGCGAUUCGUGAUCUUCAAAAGCUGUGUUGUGAAUGUCCAACGGCGAUAUCGAGCUGUUGUUGCAGCCAAAAAACAAAGGAAAGAGUAUGAACAUCUAAGAUGGGCAACAAUCACUCUUCAAGCAGCUUACAGAGGAUUUUAUGUCCGAAAGCAGUUGUAUUGCUGGCAUCAGGCUGCCAGUUUAAUCCAGAGAGCUUACCGAGCGAGCAGGCAGCGGCAGCAUUUUCUGGCCUUAAAGGACGCCGUUCGCAGGGUUCAGCGCAGGCAUCGGGCUAUUGUUCUAGCCAGGCAACAAAGACAACAAUAUGAAAAAAUCAGGAAGGCAGUGAUUAGUCUUCAAGCAGCAUUCAGGGGACUUCAAGUCAGAAAUAAGGUUGCCCAACGGCAUCAAGCUGCAACUGUGAUUCAGUCAGAGUUCAGAAAGCACAGAGAGCAAGUCAAGUUUCAGGCUCUACGCCUGGCUGCCACCAUUAUCCAGAGACGCUACAGAGCUCUGCUGCUUCAGAGGGAAGACAGAGAACAUUUCCUAAAAAUUAAACGUUCUGCUGUCGUCCUGCAGGCAGCUUUCAGAGGUCACCAUGCCAGGACUGAGGUUAUGAAGAUGCACAGAGCUGCUGCUGUAAUUCAGGCAAACUUCAGGAGACACAAAGAACUAAUGGCGUUUAAGAGACAACGCUGGGCAGCGUGCAUCUUUCAGCAGAGAUUCAGAGCCCAGAAAUGUAGUCGCAUCGUAGCAAAGCAUUAUCAAGAGGUCAGGAAAGCUGCUGUCUCCUUACAAGCUGCAUAUCAAGGAAUGAAGUCUAGACAAAUGAUCAGAAAAAGACACAUGGCCGCAGUCAUCAUCCAGAGAGCUUUCAGAGUCCAUCGUGAACGUCAGCAGUACUUGAAACUGAAGUCAUCUGCUCUCACGCUUCAGAGAAAAUACCGAGCCACGAUAGAGGCCAAAGCACAGAGGAACAGCUACACUGUAAUGAAGAAGGCUGCCGUGACACUGCAGAGAUGCUACAGAGCCUGGAGAGCAAGACGUCAGGCCCUAGAGGCAAUCCAGGAAGAACGGAGACAACGUUUUACAGCUGCAGUUUUCCAUCACCUAAGUGCCAUAAAAAUCCAGCGAGCUCUCAGAACACACUGGGCUUUAGAAUCGGCAAAAAGACAUGUCCAGUCUGUCAUCACUGUACAGCGUUGGGUUAGAGCGAGGCUGCAGAGGAGACGAUACCUGGAGGACAGGAGGAAGGUGGUGGUGCUUCAGAGAGCUGUCAGGCAUUGGCUAGACGGUCGCCACAAAGCCGCAUCGGUCAUCCAGCAGGCAGUCCGCAAAUUCCUCUUGAUCAGGCGCCAGAAGAGAGUUCAACAAGGCAUCACUAAAGCUCAGGCUCUGUGGAGAGGACACCGCUCCCGCCUACUGAACGACAAUCCUAAGGUGGUCAAGUUGAGAUACCGAUUACGCAAAGUCUCUGCAGAAGUAAAAGAAGAAGACAAACUAUACAACAAGACCUCCUCUGCGCUGGAGUAUCUCCUCCGAUACAAACAUUUCUCCUACAUUCUAGAAGCUCUGAAAAAUCUCGAAACCGCCACUAGGCUGUCGCCAGAGUGCUGUGGGCGGCUGGUAGAAAGUGGAGCCACCAAUGUCAUCUUCACGCUGAUACGCAGCUGCAACAGGAGCGGACCCUGCAUGGAGGUCAUUACCUUCUCCGUCCAGAUCCUCCUCAACCUGUCCAAGUAUCACCUGACUGUAGAGGCUGUGUAUACAGUGGAACAUUCCCUCGAGACUCUCUUGGAUUUACUGCAAAAAUACCGUGAGAAAGCAGGAGAUAAAGUUGCGGAAAAGGGUGGCAGCAUAUUCACAAAAGCCUGCUUCCUUCUUGCCCUACUGCUCCAGGACAAGCGUUGUGCUGAGGAGUUUAAGCUUCCAAAAGCUUUGGACAGGAUACGCAGUAUCUACAAGCUAACUGCUCGCAAACACAAGAUGGAUGAAGAAAGAACCAUAAUCCGUCAAAAAUUAAACGCUUCAGUUAAUGGGAGCUUCUAUGUUCCAGCGACGCCUCGUAAAUCUCGGCCACCCCCAAAGUUUGCACCUGACUGGGUUCUCAGGAAGGACAAACUAAAAGACAUUGUGGAUCCUCUCAGGGCAAUUCAGAUGGUGGCAGAAACGCUUUCUAUUGUCCUAUAGAUAGAAAUUGUGUGUGUGUAUAUAUAUAUAUACUUUUUUAUGCAUCUCAUUUUUUUUUUUUUUUUUUUUUUUUUUAGAAAAUCAUUUUAAUUUUUUUAUGAAAUUUUUCAUACAUGUUAAUGGACAUUUUUGUGAUGUUUUAUGUUCUUACUGUGUUCCUUUGUGAUUGGGAAUGUAUAGUUGUAAUUGAAAUAAACAGAAUCUGUGUGUGUUACUGCUUCAGAGCAAAACUGGAAAAAAAGAAAAUGUUUAAAAACCCAAUCAGUCAGGUAAUUUUUGGAUUUAUGCAUUAAAAUGUAUGAUCUGGUGGAAAUAAAACAGUUGCAUAUCUGAAUAUA